AUGUGCUCCAGCCGCAAGAUCCUUUGGAGCCUGCUCCUGCUGUCCGUGGUGGAGGUGGGCCUGGGUGUGGCGAGCAUCGUCCUGGGAGCGGUGGGCAUUAGCUGGGUCCGGGGCCAGCACAAGCCGCAGCAGGGCGACGCGUCCCCGGUUUGGAGCGGACUCUGUUUUCUGGUCUGCGGGAUGUGUGGCGUAUUGUGUGCUCGAAAGAGGACAGGUCUUAUUAUGAUCCUUUUUUCAGCAUGCUGUAUCUGUGGUCUGAUUGGUGGGAUCCUCAACUUCCAGUUUGUUCGGGCGCUGAAUAAAAGACCAGACUCCAUGCACUCGAUCCAUCUGGCUGCCAUGACUCUGGCCUGCCUGGGGAUCUCCUCCUGUACCUUAUCCACGUGGCUGACCUGUCGCCUGGCCAGCUCGGAGCAGCAGAGGAUGUUCCUGGAGAGGGAACACUCGCUGCACCACUCUCAUGAGAUGACCGAGAAGUGUGCUUGUGUGUCCGCCCAACAGGAGAUCUUGGACAACUCCAGUAACGGCAUUCCUCAGAUCGCCUACAAUGGACACACCACAGCAUCGCCGUGACGCCGUAUCACCAAAGGGAACUUGCACACACUGAAAUAGAGACAGUUCAUAAACCGCUUGCUAUCAGAUGACAAAUACAGCAUGUACUUCUUUCUACAUAUCCUGCAGCGCACACACAGUAACUAUAUCCUGACUGCAGGGAGUGAAGUCAGGUCUCUCACAUUGGAACCCUUUACUCUGCCGUCGUAGUAUAAGAAGCCCAUUUUGACAACAAGAGGGAGGCAUUUUUGUGCUUCUGAAUGAUUAUGCAAACACGGAUUCAAACCCCCUCUGAUCAACUCAAACCAUAGCCAGCAUGGAGAGCUGCCAUUUGGGUGAUAAUUCAGGUGACAAACAUCUGCGUGACAUCAUUUGACCUUUAAACUAAUGGAGAGAUUUUAUCCAGUCAGAUGCCUCAAAGUGAUGAGCACAACCCAAGCAUGCAGCUGAUUCACUUGUUUUAAAGAGCUAUGACUAUUUCAGUCUCAAUGUCCUUAUUCUCGCUCUCUGUCUUUUUAUGGGUUUAUGGAAUGCCAAUGUUGAGAUAGCCUACAGUAAACUGUAUGUAUAGUCUGAUAAUGGUAUGCUUUGAUAUGAAAAUACAGUGAUGCGCAAUAUACUGUACUGUAUAUCCAUGCUUGUA